GAAUCCCGCACUUUACUGAUACUGUCGCUGGGAAGGUGUACCAGUGUUACUUGUGCAACGGUAGACAGUUACCUUCGAGAUAUCAAGUCAACCUAACGUCUUAAAUAAAGUUUUUUUAGGUUUCCUAACUUCGCGCUUCUGAAAAUGUGAAGGAAACGGAUAUAUAUCCUCUGUGUAGCCUUUGAUGUAUCCGCUUUUGAAUUAACUCACGUGAAUAAUAGAUUACGUGUACAAUCAAAGGAAAAGUGUAAUAAAUGAGUAAUUUCAGUGAAGAAUUUUCCAGAGAACGACGACCGGAGUGAUAUUACUGUAGCGCUGUGUUGAAUAAAAGCGAAACGAAGGUAUAUAAAAAGGUGCUGUCAUAACGUGAAAACAAAUAAAUUCAAAUUCAUGUGUCAACCUCGACAAGAGCGUUCGUAGGAGAAUUUUAUCUUCCCUCUGUCGCGAAGUGCCCUCGCGUAUUUGUAGGCUGUAGUGUACAAACCGUGUGGAUUAACUUUUUAAGGAAAAAAAAAGAAAGGAAGACCGAAAGGAGCAAAGUGAUGGCGUGCUUCGCAAAAUUUUUCUCCAGAAAGCACGGAUCAUUUAAUCUACCAGAUGUAGGAAUCAGUAACGGUGGCAUUGUGCCCGUUCGAUUAAGCACCAGGAUCUACGAUGAGGAAUUUAACCCGCCUAAGUAUGAAGCAAAAUCAAAUGGGAAAUUUUCACCUCAAGGAACAGAACGAGAGUCUGGACUGGGCAGCCUGGAUGAGCGAUUGAAUGGUCACAAUGGAACUGCUUGGGAUGCACGGCCACAAGCAACUCCGACAGUUCAACCACAACUGGUGCGGAAAACGCCAAUACUGGACAUAAGCGAUCGAAUUAGCGCCAGCUCACAGGAAAACGAUCGACACAACAAUGGCUUAGAAUUGCUCAAGGAAAUUCAGCAAACCAAAAUACUCCUCCAGCUGGCUCUGGAGUCGAAACAACGAGAACAUCCCAGCGAUGCUGAACGGUUACAUUUAGUUAAAUUGGAGAAAGAAAUCAAAGAACUUCAAGUGAAAAUAAAUCGCUUCGAAAAACUGCGACCAGUUCAGGAAAAGUUAAUUGUGAAAGAAACGGCACCUGCUGCCGUGGAUGCCCCAGUGCCAACUACGAAUUUUACGGUUACUCAAUCGAAUCUCUCAUCGUCGUCUAAGUCACGGAAGCAAACUCCUGUGACACCCAAACCGGCUCAAUUUUCGGAGAUAUCAGAAACCUCAGAUGAUUAUUAUACCAUUUCUUCAGUCAAACCCGUUGAGGAACCCGUCUCGGAGGUUUUCAGUUCGGAGGAGGAUGAUCCGUUGCCUCCGCAGUUACCUCCUCGACAAAACUACGACGAUGAUACUUCUCAAGAUGAGGAACCUACGCCUCCGAAAUUGCCUCCACCGAGAAUGCUACCGGAGGUGGAUGAUUUAAUCAACCGAACUCAACACACUCCGCUACGGACCGUGGAAAGUGCUGUGAAAACGCCUACUUCCGAACCGUCCAGUGCACCACCGACGCGCGUCCCGCCAUCAGUCCCAGUAGAGAAGGAAACAGCAGUCGAAGCCAGGGAGUCACGCAAUUCGGAACCACCCCCGCGAAUCGAAGAACUGAACGUUAGUCGAAACGGUAUUCUGAGUAAAGUUCGCAAAGAGGGCAUCGUCUCCGAGAAAACUGAGCUAAAGAGCUCCCGAGAGAUCGUUAUUCCCAGCCAUCCGAAGCCACGUGAUGCCGAGGUACUGAUCAAGAAAGCGAUCACUGCCAAUGAAUUCCUGAACAAUUUAAUGGACGAGGAACGGCUGAAAGCCGUCACUGAUGCGAUGAGUGCCAUGACGUUCCCUCCCAAUAGCUACAUCAUAAAGGAGGGUGACAUUGGUGCGCACUUCUUCGUGUCGGCCAACGGAACCUAUGAGGUGGUGGUGGAGAACAAAGUCAUAAAGUCCUUCGGGCGAGGUGUCGUAUUCGGGGAGCUUGCCAUUCUGUACAAAGCGAAACGGUUUGCGUCCAUUCGGGUGACGACCGAAGCUAAAGUUUGGAUGCUUGAGCGAAGAGUGUUUCAGAAGAUUAUGAUGAAGAGCGGUCGAAAGGAACGAGAGGAGAAUGUGAAGUUUUUGAGUACGGUGUCGAUUCUGAAGGAUCUGGAAAUCGAGAAGCUGCACAAAAUUUCCGAUUUGCUAAAAAGGGAAUUUUACGCCACAGGUUCAACGAUCAUUCAACAAGGAGAUCCGGGAGAUAAAUUUUACAUAAUUCGAGGUGGCAGCGUAAACGUCAUUAAAACUGACCGAAAUGGGGUCGAUAAGCUGGUGGGUACCCUGCAAAGGGGAGCAUACUUUGGCGAGCAGGCCCUGUUGCACGAAGAUCGACGGUUGGCCAGCAUAAUUGCCAACCCUCCUGGUACCGAAUGUCUAACGCUGAACAGAAUAGCCUUCAACGAAUUUCUGGGAGGCUUGGAGAAACUGCGUGAAAUAAAACUUUCAGAUGAUAUGCCGCGAACUUCGGACAAUCGAAAAAUAGUUUCUGAAUAUGAACAUAUCCAGUUGCAUGACCUAACCUACAUUGGGACGCUUGGUAUCGGGGGUUUCGGACGGGUCGAGCUUGUGCAGUACCAGAGCCGGCAAACAUUCGCCCUCAAAUAUCUCAAGAAGAUCGAAAUGGUUCGGCAACAGCAGCAAGAACACGCUUAUAGCGAGAAGGACAUCAUGCUGAGCUGUAACAGUCCGUUUAUCGUGCGACUGUACAAAACGUACCGCGAUAAGAAGUAUCUGUAUUUUCUAAUGGAAGCUUGCCUCGGUGGUGAUGUAUGGACCAUUUUGCAGAAAAAUAAAUAUUUCGACGAACGGACGGCCCGGUUUAUGACUGGUUGUGUAGUAGAAGCAUUCGAGUAUCUACACAGUCGAAACAUGAUAUAUCGGGAUCUGAAACCAGAAAAUCUAAUGCUAGACGAGAAAGGCUAUAUAAAGCUGGUUGACUUCGGUUUCGCCAAGCGAAUUGGGGCAAACCAGAAAACCUGGACCUUCGCCGGAACGCCCGAGUAUGUGUCCCCGGAAAUUAUCCUCAACAAAGGACAUGACCGAGCGGUUGACUAUUGGGCCCUGGGGGUUUUCAUUCACGAGCUGCUGGUUGGGAAGCCGCCCUUCCGGGGGAAAAAUCACAUGAAAACGUACAACGCCAUCCUGCGAGGAAUUGAUAUUAUAGAGCUACCUUCACGUAUCCCGAAAAAAGCGCAGGUGCUGAUCAAAAGGCUCUGUCGGCAAACACCAGCGGAGCGACUGGGCUACGGGAAAAAUGGCAUUGCUGACAUUAAAAACCACCCCUGGUUCGCAGGCUUCGAAUGGCAACGGUUGAAGGAUCGCACCCUGCUGGCACCGCUGGUCCGACCAAUCCAGUCAGAUACGGAUCUGUCCAACUUCGACGAAUACCCGAAGGACCUGGACGAGCCCCCGGAUGAGACGUCCGGGUGGGAUAUUAAUUUUUAAUUCCAAUUGAAUCUAUAUGGAACUAAUUAAAAUUAAUAAAUACCACUGCUGUACGAGUGUAUUUAAUCACGUAUUUAUGUGCUUGUUUGCUUAUUGCGAGUGCACUAAAUGGCUCCUCCUGAUGGUCAUCUUCGUUUAAACAAUUUCGGGUUUUAAUUGUAUCAGUACGGUAGGAACAAAAGAGUUGUUAAAAACCAUUGCGUACCGGGUAGCGAUGAUAAUUUAUUGAGUUGCAUUGCAGGCUUUCAGAGUUCAUGGUUGUUU